GUUGUGCUCGCUGAGAACUUGAUACAGUGUUGCAGUAAAUCAGAAAGAGCUACAGUAACAGCGUUGAAAUUUGUCACCCUGUUGCAAGUAUUUUUGGCCAGUGAUACAAGCGAUCGAUAUCACUGCCGUCUCCCGUUUGGGGAAGAGUUGAGUUGUUGAGCAAGGAAGUACAUCGGAUCGUUUUAAAGAACAGUUUCAGAGAGAAUCGACACAAAUUUGACUGGAAAUGUCUGAAAACAAACCGAAUGAUGAUCCGAAGUUAUCCACGACGGACAGAGUGGUUAAAUCUGUCCCGUUUCCCCCAAGCCACCGACUGACUGUGAAGGAGGUGUUUGACAGUGAGGGCAAACCCAAAGUAGAUGUCCUGAAGGCACACCUCACCAAAGAGGGGCGUGUGGAGGAGAGUGUGGCACUGCGAUUAAUUGGUGAUGGAGCUGCAAUCCUCCGUUCUGAGAAGAACCUCCUGGACAUAGAGGCCCCAGUGACAGUUUGUGGAGACAUUCAUGGGCAGUUCUUUGACUUGAUGAAGCUCUUUGAAGUAGGAGGGUCUCCAGCCAGCACACGAUACCUUUUUCUGGGUGAUUAUGUGGACAGAGGAUAUUUCAGUAUUGAAUGUGUGCUGUACCUAUGGGCCUUAAAAAUCCUUUACCCCAAAACACUUUUUUUGCUGCGUGGGAACCACGAAUGUAGACAUUUAACUGAGUAUUUCACUUUUAAACAGGAAUGUAGAAUUAAGUAUUCGGAGCGGGUGUAUGAUGCGUGUAUGGAUGCUUUUGACUGUCUUCCCCUGGCAGCGCUCAUGAACCAGCAAUUCCUGUGUGUGCACGGAGGACUGUCACCUGAAAUCACAAACCUUGAUGACAUCAGGAAAUUAGACAGAUUCAAAGAGCCUCCCGCAUAUGGACCAAUGUGUGACUUGCUUUGGUCGGACCCGCUAGAGGACUUUGGGAACGAGAAGACCCAGGAACAUUUCACACACAACACAGUGAGAGGCUGCUCCUAUUUCUACAGUUAUCCUGCUGUGUGUGACUUUCUACAACACAACAACUUAUUAUCUGUCAUCCGAGCCCAUGAAGCACAGGAUGCUGGUUAUCGCAUGUACAGAAAGAGUCAAACUACGGGCUUCCCCUCUCUCAUCACUAUCUUCUCAGCUCCAAACUACUUAGAUGUCUACAAUAACAAAGCUGCUGUGCUGAAAUAUGAGAAUAAUGUCAUGAACAUUCGACAGUUUAACUGUUCCCCUCAUCCUUACUGGCUGCCUAACUUCAUGGAUGUCUUCACUUGGUCUUUGCCCUUCGUUGGGGAGAAAGUGACUGAGAUGCUGGUAAAUGUCUUGAGCAUCUGCUCCAAUGAUGAGCUGACCACUGAUGAAGAGAUAGAUGGACAGCUAAUAUAUGGGCCCAAGAAAGGUGCCACAGCUUCUGCGCGCAAGGAGGUAAUCCGAAACAAGAUCCGUGCCAUUGGAAAGAUGGCUCGAGUUUUCUCGGUUCUUCGAGAAGAGAGUGAGAGCGUUCUGACGCUGAAAGGUCUCACUCCGACUGGCAUGCUGCCCAGUGGCGUUCUAUCUGGAGGCAAAGAGAAACUCCAGAAUGCUACUGUUGAGGCUAUAGAGGCAGAUGAAGCAAUCAAAGGUUUCUCACCUCAGCACAAGAUCAGCAGCUUCGCAGAGGCUAAAGGGCUGGACCGCAUCAAUGAACGAAUGCCACCCCGCCGAAACGCCAUGCCCUGUGACGCCAGCCUCAACUCUCUCAAUAAGGCUUUGUCGUCCGAGACCAACGGCACUGAGGGCAAGGCCAGCAGUGGCAGCGACAAUAUCCAGUGAUCCUGCAUGAAUCCCGCAUGGUCGCCACAGCGAUUAAGCCCCUCCCUAUCUUUUUCCAUGCCAUAUAUGAUGGAGGGAAAGGAAGGAUUUGGAGUGUAGAGUUAGAGGAAAGGAAAAAAGGAAGAAGGACAAGAGAGAUAAAGGAGAGAGGAGGUGAGGGGGAGAGCAGCAUUUCAAACAUAAUUCAGAGUGACACUUUGGAUAUGCCUUUAAUUUUUUAUUUUUUUGGAGGGUGGGGCAUAAAAACUAUAAAAAGUUGUCGUGGGAGAGGGGAUUAUCUGGGUUUCGGCAUAAAGAAUUACAGCAGGUGUCUGAGAGAUCUUAUGUGAAAAGGCCUUUACUUACUGGACAUAAGAUUUUUGUUUGUUUCUCUUUUUGUGUGUGUAACUUCUUACUAAAUAUUUUACGUUUACAAAAAUACAGCACUAAAAAUGGACAGAACGUAAAAAAAAGUUUUUAACAAAAAGGGUGUAUAAACUAAGUAAGGAUAAUUUAUUGAUACAUUUUUUGCUACUCUUAUAAACUAGCUCUAUAGUAAAUUAGGCAGUCUUAAAAGAAUGUUGCAACAUUGUUAUAAUGCCAAAAAUGGAACGUUUUAUGGUUUUGUACAGAUUAUGCUUACCUCAGGUUUCUUUGGUGUGUGCUUGGAUCCUACUUGUUGUGUAAUUGCAAGCUAGCUUGCUGAAUAUGGAUUUUCUUGGAGUUAAAAACUGGAAUUU